UUGGUUAGACAGAAGACGAAAUUCCAUCGAGAUGAACGCGAAUUGUUUGGUGAUAGCACUGAUCCUUGGACUUGCUCUUUACGAGCCGGUGGCAUCCCAGAGCGCCGCCGAUCUGGCCGCCUUCAAGCAGAAUCAGGAGUCCUGCAUCAAGGAGCUGAAAAUAGGAGCUGCCGAGGCUGCGCUGCUUACCACGGACAAAGAGGUGGCCAAUCCCUCGGAGGCCAUCAAGUGCUACCACAGCUGCCUCUACAAAAAGUUGGGCAUGCUCACCGCCGACUCCAAGCCCAUCAACGACAUGAUCAUGAAGUUCGCGCAGCUCCGCUUCAGCAGCCUGGCUAGCGACAAGCUCAAGGCUCUGCUGACCAGCUGUGGCGCCUCCAAGGCGGCCACCACCUGCGAUUUCGUAUACAACUUUGAGAGGUGUGUGAUGACGGGAGCCAAGGCCUAAAGAGUGUGCCGUCUCAUGAUUAAACAUCACAUAAUAAAGUAUGUUUCGUUAUUAACACAUUUUAUGGUUGGCCGCUUUAAAUGUAUGUAAAAUCAUGCAAAUCAAAAUCUGGAAACUGGAUGAGCUGUUUGAGAGCGGAUUUUUGCUCUGGUCAGGGCAUUUCCCCCCACUUAAGAUAUCAAACAGGAAGGUUUCUCUGACAAAUCGUGUAUUCAAAUAGUUAUCUUAUUCACUGCCUUACACAAACCAUUCACUUUUUGCCAGAAUUCAUAUUUUUUUGAUCUAGUUUAAGCCUUAGCUUGGGGCUUGAACUCCUCGAAGCACGCGUGGAGCUUGACAGCCUUAUCACAUUUGUCGUCACCUUCGAUGGUGCGGCACUUGUCCAGGGCCGCCUUGGUCUUCUCCUCACCGAUGAAGGAGCCCAGCUUCUCGAGGACAACGUCUUCCUGGAUUUUGCCGUCCUUCAGGGUGCCGACCUUUUCGAAGAAGCAGUUGGCGAAA